AUGCGAGGCAACAUCAUCGCCAUCGCCUUCUCCGCGCUUGCGGCUCUCUCAACACAGGCCUAUGCUUGUACGCAAACUGGAAAGGCCGAUUGCCCUCAGAACUGCGGCGGAUUCGCAGACAACCUCUGCCAUCUUCCGGGCGGUUACUGCGAAUGCGGCUACGUCGACCCAAACUUCCCACCACCAGGCGGAGAAAACGACACCCCCGUGAUCAUCUACGGUUACACCCCCUCGAUCGCCCUCGCAGCCCUCGCCGCCGCCCUCUUCGCCGUCCUCCUCCUCGUCCACACCUUCCAGGUCGUCCGCCACCGCAGCUGGUACUUCGCCACCUUCCCCGUCGGCCUCCUCUUCGAGAUCGUCGGCUACGUCGCGCGCUCCCUCUCCGCCAAGAAGAACCCCUACAACCUCAUCUACUUCAUCCUUAACUACUUCUUCAUCGUCACCGCGCCCGUCUUCCUCGCCGCGGGCAUCUACACCAUCCUCUCAGCCCUGAUCCACCGCCUCGGCCGGCGGUACUCCCCGCUCCCGCCGCGCUUCGUCCUGUGGUUCUUCAUCACCUCCGACGCCAUCGCGACCGUCGCGCAGAUCUCGGGCGCCGCGCUGAUCGGGGUCAAGCAGUCGCGGCGCGAGGACCCGACGACGGCGAAUAAUAUCCUGCUCGGCGGGCUGGCGUACCAGGUGUUCUCAAUCGGGUGUUUUGUGAUCACGACGGCCGUCUUCCUCUUCAGGGCUCGGGAACUGGUCAAGGAGCACAGGCUCACGGCCUUCGUGGCGGCCUUCUCGGCGGCGACGUUGCUGGUGUAUCUGCGGACGUGCUUCCGUCUGGCGGAGACGGCGGAGGGACUCGGCGGGGAGCUCUACUCGAACGAGGUCUUCUUCGGCGUGCUCGAGUUCGCGCCGGUGGUGUUGGCCGUCAUUCUGUUCGCGAUCUGGCACCCUGGUCGAUGCGUCGGGAAGAAGGUAUCUGGAGACCUGGGAGAUGUCGAGAAAACGAGGAUCCGCAGCCACGAGUCGGUCCAAAAAUGA